AUGGCCCAGCAUGGGGCAGCUGGCUGGGCAAUGGGCUCAGUUGGUCCUGGAAUGGAUGAUGCUGGUGUUGGCGGAAAUGAUGUUGGCUUUGUGGGACAUGUAGAUCCUAACACGGGCUCAUAUCUCGAUGGUCCGGCAACCCACGAAAAUCCUUACGAUCACGUUGGUUAUGCCCCAAAUGCAAACCCAUAUGGCCAGCAAGGCCACGGACAUUAUGCACCUCAGCAUCAAUACUCCAACAUGGGCUUUGCAGUGGAGGGCCAGCCUCAAUAUUCUCAUGAUAUCGGAUCCUUGGGUCCUACUCAGGUAGCAGGACAAUCGCGUGGCAACGAGUAUCAGCAACAACCGGGUGGUCCCUAUGCCAAUGGACAAAGUGUGAACUUCCAACAUUACCAUCCCCAAGCAAUGGUAGGGCAAUAUCCUGAAUACACACAGCAACAGCAACAUAUUACGUCAAAUGAUUUUCAGCGGAACUCCUGGCCGGAACCUCAACCACAACAUAGCCCUGCGAAUCCUUACGCUCAAGGACAACAGCUGUACGCCAAUAACGCGCCUCUUCUCCGAGUAGCGGCGGCUUCACCUGCGCAAUCGCCAACACCGAAGCACGAGCAGAAGCAGCCUGCAUACCCCGUUGAUUCGACCUCAUUUCAGCCACAUAUUUAUGGUGGAACUUAUCAGACUCCGCAGAGCAGCGAGGCUUUGCACAACUAUUCGGCCCAAGUACCACAGCCUGCAACCCUUGUUCCAGGCAGAAGCAAUGGAACUCCAACACCAUCUCCAGGCCCUCUGGUGACGACAUCCCACCAAAUGCCCUGGUCGUCCCAAGGUCAAGCUCAGAGGCUGGGUAGCGCGCCGAUAGCGUCUGCUGCAACUCGCAAUAUAGCGUCGCCUGUACCACGCCUGCCAACAACUGAUAUGACGCGGACUGGAUCGAAACUUAGUAUGCCUACAACAAAUCAAACCUCAAACGAUGCCACGAUAGUUGUUCCUAGAGUGGGCAGACCUGGGGAUGGGUGGAAGUCUGUCAAGGGGUGCCCUAAUCUUUUUAUCGGCACAACGACGGUCCGGCGUCAGGUGGUUACGAAUACACCGGGAGUCAAACCACAUGUUGCUGGUGAUAACAGGAAUGGCACGCGCUUACUGCCACUGCUCCCACACCCUCUACCGUGCGAGAUACUCCGAGAAAAGGUCAGGCCUUUGGUUGAAGAGCUGAAAAGGGUCACCGAAAGCAUCGACAGGAUCAAACAACAGAUUAAAGAUGUACCUGCUGGAUCGCAGGAGCAUAAGAAGUACACCGAUGACUUGAAGAAGUUAGAAAGCCAAAAGUCAGGGCUCGAUAAUGAGAAGAAGAAGAUAACUGGUAAAGCGGGUGUGUUGAAGUUAGGGAAGAGUCGAGUGACGGGCAAAUCAGAGGCUACUGAGUAUGACAGCGAAAGUCUCACUGAGUCCAGCGAUGAAGAUGACCCCCUGGAGCUCAUUGUCCAAGAGAUAAUGGCCUCAGACACACGACCAGCCGACCCUGCCAAAGGCAUCCAGUAUGAUGUGGUGAAAAUAAUCCGACGUGAGGCCAACCCUGACCAAGGGCCAGCUUCUCAAGGAGAGAAAGAGGAUCCUUGGUCUAAAGUGAUAGGCAGAAGAGUAGCCGACUUUGGCAAGUAUGUAGUUGAUAUAUGUGCAGAGGCAAGAGCCUUGCGAGAAGAAAAGGCAAAGGCUGCUAAAAGUCAAUCAGCCCAACUACAAACUGCCAUUGACCAGAAAUACGACCAUAUUCGCGCAGCCCUUGAGACAGCGCUCGAGUUUGGAGAUGAUGAGACAUUGAUGAAUAUGGGGCAACAUAUGAAACUGAUGUCGGGCUUGACUAUUGUCUUGCAGAGACAAUUUGCCGCUAAGAUCUAUAACACUGCCAUUCCACGGACCAUCCUUCGCUUUAUCUCCGAGGCUACCUUGAUGGAUGUAGACUCCAUGGAUAAAGUGAAGCUUACCGGUGUGUUGCAAAAACAUCGUGAUGGUCUCGAUGACGAGGGAAAGAAACUUGCAGCACAAAUCACGAAGAAUGCUGAGGAAAGGACUGCUAAAAAUGCUGCUGAAAAACCUGUAACUUCAAGCCAGCCUAAGCAGAGGCCCCUUGACAGUACGAAACUAAGUCAAGUCACUCCUGUUCAAAAGAUUACACCUUCUACUACGAAAAGCAGCACUACUGGCUCAAAACUCCAGGCACCUGCCAGUGCGGCCGUACUAGAAUCAGCAAGGAAAGAAACUAAAGCAUAUUCAGGAUUGGUUUCUGCAAGAAAAGUGGUCAAUGGCGCAGGAAAGACUGCAGUUGGGGCGUCGCCAACAAAACGACCGAGGGAUGACGAUGUUGACUCCCGUGUGGCUAAGAAGCUGGCAGUAGAAGGCAACGUGUCAGCAGCUGGUACCGGAAGAGUGACCUCAGGCUCGUUGUCCAACACUACAGCCCCACCAAAUGCAACUACCACUUCCAACAACAACGGCCAACUACGUCCUCGACCUGCAGGGUCUACAGUGCUGAACAAAUCACGAGCUGCCAAACCACCUGCAAAGAAGCCUGAGCCUCAGUUAUCUGGCUCGUCAACUAUCGGCGGCCUCCUUGCUGAAAUCGCCAAACCUGUUGAGAAGCCAAAAGCGCCAGAACGGGUAGCUAAGGCUCCCGAAACUCCCGAGGAAAAAGCACGCAGGCUGCGUAAAGAGUCACGCCGAGGUCGAACUGUCACUUGGAAGCCUGAUGAAGAGCUAGUCCAGGUUCGGUUCUUCGAGCAUGAUUCAAACGAAGACGAGGGCCGAGCUAACAACAUGAUUCGGGAUGCGCGAGAUAAUCGCCAGGAAGGGCAAAUGAUGAAGCAGAUGCUUAAGAUCGAGAAACAAAAACAAGAGAAAGAUGGGUUUGACGGUAAUGAUAUGAAAGAUGAUGAUGAGGAGGAAGAUGACGGAAACCCAUCAGAGACAGAUAUACGUCCUUGGGUCUCGCCUCGACCAUUCGACAUGUCUCAUCUGGAUGCUAGUCAAAAGGAGAAGAACUAUGUCACUCGUUGUGGUACACGCGAGAUCAAUUCGGAGCAAAAGAAGGUGAUGGAGGAUUAUGAAAAUCGCGAGUUGAUGAGUAUCUACACGACGCUUUCAGAAAUCCCCGACACACCUAGAUCCCCUUCGAGAACGACCAGCGAACCCACCUACCAACCAAGGCCUGUACCUGGACUUCCAGUUGAUGCAAAGACCGAGGAAAUGAUUCAGCGUCUUCGAGAGACAAAGAUAUAUGGACUAGUUGUAGCUACACAGGCUGCGCUCAAACGUCUUGGCCAACCUUAUAAGUAUAACGACCCACCGGUUCCUGGGGCUCGCAUGACCCAGGAAGAGCGUGAAUGCCGUGUUUUGGCCCUGCUCCAGUCAGAUAGGGCCAGGAACUAUGUUGAUCCAAAUCCUGCCGAUCCCAACAAGAGCAUUGACCCUCCAGAGUCCAAUGAUCAACGUGUACAAGAAGCGUGGUCCAUCCUCCAGAGUGUUGUAGACGAGAUGAAAGAAAAGGAUGAGGAGAGAAAACGACUCGGUCUGCCCUCUCCCAACCAACCACCACAGGGGCACACUCAGCAGGCUGAAAUCACCCAAAGUCAGUAUGCUGCUUAUCUUGCUGCCUACCAGGCUCAAGGUCAACUUCAAGGUCAAGCGCAAGUCCAAGCACCCCAGCACGCGCAAGGUUACUCGCAGCCUGGCAAUCAGCUUUCCGAGGAACAACAGGCCGCCAUCCUACGGCAAGUUCAGGCUUUACAGAACCCACAAGUCACUCAAAAUGUUGCGGCCCAACAGCCCAAUAACAAUGUGGCCAGCCUCUUGGCUACGCUUGGCCAUACUAGCCAGCCUGCCCAGCCAACUCAAACAACCACACAAGACGCUAAUACCGCAGCCUGGCAGGCUUGGAUACAGAGCCAGGCUCAUGCGUAUGCCACCCAAUCUCAGGCUCAGUCGCAUGGCCAGAGUUACCCUGCCUAUUCCCAACAGUAUGAUGGCGCCUCACAUGAGGACGCGAACCACAGCUCGAAUAAGCAAGACUACCAAUCCCAAGGACAGUACCAGCGCGACAAUAAUGAGCGUGGAAAUCGCAAGCAAUUCGACCGAGGAACCAAAGACCAUAAGGGUAUCAACCGUGCUCUUAUUGGCACAAAACCAUGUACAUUCUGGGCAAAGGGCCAGUGUGCCAAAGGCGACAACUGUACAUUCCGACAUGACCCUAACGACCUCAAAUGA